UUUAUCCACCUCCCCCCAGAUUUGACGCACUGUGAGCACUGAAAUUAACCUCCGUCACAGUGGAGGAUGCUGCUUGAUCGUGCUAGAUAUAUUACAUAAGUAGAAUUAAACCGUUCAGAAUUGUUUGAUUUCAUAAUUUCGUUUCGAAGAGAUGUUAAUUGCCUGAUUAUUUCAUAGAAUUACUGCUCAUUGUUCUACUGUGUUGUAUGUUUGCACAUGGAUCCAGUCUAUAUCCAUGUUCUGUGACGUUCCGUGAGGUAUUUACCUACAACAUCCAGUUAUAUUUAUUACCGUCUAAAACCGUGUAAAACGGCAGCAAGAAGGCGUGUUAUAGCGUUUGGAGCGGUGCGAGGCGUGUAGAAGAACGACAAAAAUGUCUCAGGUGGAUAAGGUGGUCAAGGUGUUUAAAGCUGUCACACAAUAUCCGGCACCAUCUUCUGCAAGGAUAAUGAAUGGAGUUGCUGGCAGCAGUGGAGUAACUGUUUUGUCCUCUUGGUCACAAAGAAGUCUUGAACGGGGAAAGUCAGUAAAAUUUCAACGGACACAUUUUAUUGAUUCGUUGCAGAAAGCUUCAGAUAUGUUACCAGUGGAUACAACUUCUGAGUUACUGUCAGGCUUUUCGAAGUCAGAAGAGUGGCGAGGAGUUGUCCGAGAUAUUCCUUCUGAACCGAAUAAAAAGAAACAGCAUUUGGAAGUUUGGAAUCAUGGACAACUGUGGAAGAGUUUUGAUCUCUCUGCUCUUGAAGUUCAUGGAGAUGUGUAUUCUGACUAUGAUUUUCGAUCCUUUGAGUGGUCCCCAUGUGAAGAAAAGUUGCUGUACGUUGCUGAGAAGAAACUGCCAAAGGCAGAACCAUUUUAUAAGCCAAAAUCUCAGGAUAGUAAAGAGAAUGGAACUGGGGAUGGAAAAGCCAUAAAGGGAGAGGAGUACGUGUUCCGUCCCGACUGGGGAGAACAGUUAGAAGGAAAACAUCAAUCUGUGGUAAUAGUGUGUGACACGAAGUCAGAAAUGCUAUCAGUACUUGAAGGGAUUCCAGAUCAUCUGUCACCAGGCCAAGUGAUUUGGACUCCUGAUGGGAAGGGCAUUGUGGGAAUUGCCUGGAAAAAUGAACCACCGCGUCUUGGGCUCAUCUACUGUACCAACAGACCAAGCUAUAUCUUCCAUUUAACAGCAGAUGGAGAAUUCAGUGUGUUGUCCAGUGAGGGUCAGGCUGUGCGUUCUCCUCGAUUCAGCUUGAAUGGUGAACACUUGGUGUGGCUUCAACGUCCAAGUGGUGGUCCUCACAAUGGAGCACAUAAACUUAUGUGCUGUGAAUGGAACUCAAAGCAGGUCGAGACAAUAGUGGACAUAGUGCAGCAGCAGACUCUCACAGUGGGUGGAACUCCGUUCUACGGGCUGUUCAACCAGACAUUGCCUAAACGCUGCUGGGCUGGUGAUGCAUCCCGUCUUCUCCUGAGCACUCCGCAACAGUGCAGCAUUAAGAGUUAUGUGAUCGACAUAGAGGACAAGAGUGUAACUGAACUGGACUGUCCAGAAGGCAGUCAGAUAGUGCUGGACAUUUGGAAUGACAUGGUCAUUUGCACAAGGAGCUCCCUCAAGUUACCACCGAUCUUGGUACUGGGCAGACUACCAUCCAGAGGCUGUGAGCACACCAUGGUGUGGUCAGUUAUCACCAGCUGGCAGGCGUCUCUCACACUAGACAGCCUCGCCUGCCAUUACAUGGCUUUCACUCAGGAAGAGGAAUCACAGGCUUGCAAAUCAUUUAAUGCCAUCUAUUUUGGACCAGAGAGUGGCCAAGAUCAUGAUGUUCCUCUUAUUGUGUGGCCUCAUGGAGGACCCCACUCAGCCUUCACAGAUGAUUUUAAAAUGGAAGCAGCAUUAUUCGCUCUCUUAGGUUUUGGAAUGUUGCUGGUGAACUAUCGGGGUUCAAUAGGUGCUGGUCAAGAAAGUGUGGAAUUUCUUCUUGGAAGGAUAGGGGAUUCAGAUGUGAAGGAUGUCCAUCUUGCAGUAGUUCAAGCUUUAAAGCAGUUUCCUUUUCUAAAUCCAAACAAGAUGGUGUUAUUUGGAGGGUCACAUGGAGGGUUCCUUGUGACUCAUCUUAGUGGACAGUUUCCGGAUUUAUUCAAAGCUGUGGUAGCAAGAAAUCCAGUAAUAGACAUACCUGCUAUGUUUACAAUUACUGAUAUACCGGACUGGGCAGCUGUUGAGACAGGGCUCUCAUACUCGGAGUUGGAGGAGAUGAACGCGACAGCCUUUGAGAAAAUGAGGAAGUGCUCGCCAAUCACUCAUGUUUCCAGUGUAAUUGCCCCUACACUGUUGUUGCUUGGCAGCAAGGACAAGCGUGUCCCCAGCAGUCAGGGCAUUCAUUACUACAACCGUCUUCUGUCAAACAAUGUCAAAACUAAGUUGAUGUUAUAUGAAGAUAAUCAUCCACUCAACCAAGUACCUAUUGAAAUGGAUAACCUCAUUAAUUCUGUUCUCUGGUUUCUUCAGCAUACUGUGUGAGGUGUGCGAUGGGUGUGGAAUUAUUCAUAAUGCCGCAUAUAUGGUAGGCAUCAACCUGUGUAGUGUUUAAUCUUGCUUUCACACACACACACAUAAGGGGUCUUUAAAUUUAAAAUCUCAAUUCUGCAGCAGGUCAUAAUAUAAUUUGUAUUUAAUAAAUUUUUGUUAUUGUAUUCAAAUGAAAACUAAUUGUUAAAAAUGAAUCCAUUUACCCUUGGAGGAAUCUCUGAAGCAUCUAGCUUCAUAUAUGCGAUAUUUUAUUUAAGCAUCCUGAUGCAUUAAUGUAUUUACUUGUAUACAUAGUGUGACAUAUUUGCGCUAUGCAGGAUGCCCCCUCCCCCGCCAGCGGUGGCGUAACAGCGCUGCCACUACUACGGUGACGG